AUGGCUUCGCAGGAGGCGACUCAUGUGUUGUAUCAUUUCGAGUACUCCAUCUGCUCGAUUAUGGUCCGUUAUGCGUUUGCCUUGCGUGGACCGGCAGUCGAUGAAGAUCACGAGAUUAUUCUUGAAGAGCAGCCUGUUGAUAUUGUGAGGAGCUUGGAGCAGAUGAGUGAGCACUUCCUUUGCGAUGUCAAUGCCAAUGGAGAGGUUCCUGUAUUAGUACCGCUCAAGACAGGAGAGCCAUUGCCGGACAGCGUGGCCAUCACGAAGUACUUGGCGAAGUCCUAUCCCUCUAUGAUCCCGGAGCCCCAUAAAGAGAAAAUCUCUCAACUACUCCACGACCUCCAUAGGAUUAGUUUCUUCGGCUUCACCUUUGCAGGAAAGCCGCAGACCGUCGGCAGAAGCAAGGGACACCUGCACGAGAUCCUAGACGGCGACAUUAGCGAUCGAUAUAGAGCAGCGAUUGAGUACAAGCUCCAACGCCUUGACUCCGAAAAGGCCAGCGCCCUAACGCCCGAGGCAACGAAGAAGAACGAGGAGUAUACCAAAGAGCUCGUGGCAAAGCUGGAAUCCCUUCUACAAACCUCUCGAACUUCGUGGCUCUUUGAUCUGGAGCGGCCUUCUGCUCUCGAUGCUCAUUUGGUUGUGUUUAUUGCAAGGAUGUUGGACAUUGGCAGAGGCGAUGUUAUUCCAGCAGCCUUGAGGGCUUUUGCCGAGAAAGCCAUGAGCGGGUCUGAGUGGCAGCAGGUGAUGCAGGAUAGGAGUACAUGUGCGUUUUAA